GUACCAUCAUGGGACCCGAAUCGGGAAAAUCGCUUACAGAGCUGUUGUUGUGAAGACGUACUGAGCAAUGAGUAGCUUUAUACUGGCCCUUGGCACAUUUAUCGAACUAAUUUACUUUGGACAAUGCCAACAUCUCACCGAUGAUUCUUUGGGCCUGCUCAACGUUGAUCAUCUGGCACCUUUCCAAGUAAAUUUACAUACAAGGACACGUCGUGAUACAAAGAUCGUAUCAGAUAAAAAACCUAAAGACCAACAGGAGAUUAAAGGAAGCUAUACAAAAAUACUCGGCCCAUGCUGUGACGUACAAAUGAGCAAUAGUUUACGAAACGACGAGUAUAAGAAUUUAUGCUAUAACAAAACGUUGGGAACACUGACCUUUACUAAUCAUGGCCGCUCUACCUCAGUGGAUGUCGAGAAGCAAAAUAAAUUGGUUCAAAAUCAAGUAUCAUGCUACUUAAACUGUCUUGCUUUGAAAUACAACCUGGUGAAGACCGAUGGGUCGAUAAUAUUGGAGGGGGUAAUCAAGCGUAUCAAUGACAUUUACAAUGGAUCUUGGGUUCCUAAUGUCUCAAGGAAUAUCGCAACAACGUGUUAUAAGGCAACUGAACAGGCGUGUAUCAAUUACCUUAAGACAGCAACGGCAGAUAGAUGCAACCCAACAUUUAGAAUGCAUAAUUGGUGUCUUCACAGGGAGAUUCAAAUGAACUGUCCGAAAGAUCAGAUCAAAAACGAAGUUCGUUGUAAUGAUCUCAAGAAUUGGAAAUUUGACUAUAACCGCUACUCCUAACAAUCCGCCAUUCUGACUAUAACUAGAUUUGAAAAAGCUGUUCUUAAAUAC